GCGGGGAGGGAGCGGUGGCUGCGCGGCGGGCGCCGAGCAGAGCGCAAAGCAGAGGCGCCGUCGCUGUCCCGGAGCAAGCUAUGCCGCGCUUGUCGCUGCUCUUGCCGCUGCUGUUUCUGCCGCCGCUGACCUGGAGCCUCGGGCUCCGCGACGUGGGCGGCCGGCGCCCCGAGUGUGGUCCGUGCCGGCCCGAACGCUGCCCAGCGCCAGCCCACUGCCCGGCGCCCGGGAUCUCGGCGCGCGACGAGUGCGGCUGCUGCGUGCGCUGCCUGGGAGCCGAGGGCGCGAGCUGCGGGGGCCGCGCCGGUGCGCGCUGUGGCCCCGGCCUGGUGUGCGUGAGCCGGGCCGCGGGGGCGGCGCCCGAGGGCACCGGGCUCUGCGUGUGCGCGCAGCGCGGCGCUGUCUGCGGCUCCGACGGCCGCUCGUACCCCAGCGUCUGCGCGCUGCGCUUGCGCGCCCGGCACGCUCCCCGCACGCACUUCGGUCACCUGCACAAGGCGCGCGAUGGCCCUUGCGAGUUCGCUCCUGUGGUCAUUGUUCCUCCCCGGAGUGUUCACAACAUCACCGGGGCGCAGGUGGGCCUGUCCUGUGAAGUGAGGGCUGUGCCUACCCCAGUCAUCACAUGGAGAAAGGUCACGCAGUCCCCUGAGGGCACCCAAGCGCUGGAGGAGCUGCCUGGGGACCACGUCAAUGUAGCUGUCCAGGUGCGAGGUGGCCCUUCCGACCAUGAGACCACAGCCUGGAUUUUGAUCAACCCCUUGAGAAAGGAGGAUGAGGGAGUGUACCAGUGCCAUGCAGCCAACGUAGUGGGAGAGGCUGAGUCCCACAGCACGGUGACGGUUCUAGAUCUGAGUACAUAUAGGAGCUUCCGCUUCCCGGCUCCCGAUGACCGCAUGUGAUGGAGAAAC